CACAAAAAUGGCGGACGAAGAUGAAAUUGACGUACUUGGAGACUUUUCUUUUAAUUCCUGUUUCGCACAAAACAAUCAAGGAAUACCCUCUUGUUCAGACAGGGAGGACACAGUGCACCCUCAGUGGCUGCUCGAUUCACCGGCGACCAAUUGGUAUGAUACACAGAAUAUAGAUAAAAAUAGGCUAAAAGAAGGUCCGUCAAGGAAACUUUCUGGACAUAAUACAACAGCUAAGUACAACACAGAGCAACAUACCACAUGGACUCAGAUUGAACGAGAUUUACUAAAGACAGAAAUGAUAAAAUAUGGCAGAAAUGUAAAAAAAAUAUCAAAGACAAUAAAAACAAAGACAGAAGCAGAAAUACAAGCAUUAAUUGAAGCAGAACAUGGAAUUCAUCUUGACACAUCACAUGAUAUUGAGAAACUUGAAGAAGAUAUACCUGUUGUUCAUGAAGAAAUAGUUUCAGAGAGCCUCGUUAGCAUGAGCGAUGUCUUGAACAUAGUCUCAACCGGAGUUCCAACAAUACCUGUCACAAAAAAACCUUUCAAAAAGAAAAAUGUCAAUCGAAAUGUAAAAAAUACUCCAAUAAAACCAAAAGCAAAAAUUCAACCUAACAUUAAUACAAUUGAUUCUGCAGUAUUAUAUUUUGAAGAUGAUCUUGUCGUUGGUUCUACUGAAUCUGUAGACUCUGAGUCAGAUGUAACGCAGCCAAUAACAAAGAAAACCUUUAAGCAACAAAAAGAAAAAGUUACAGCUAUGAAAAAGAUUGGCAAUCAUAGAAGAAAAGUAUCGAGGAAUUAUGAUAAGGGAAGAAUUAGGAAUAAGAGUAAUGAUAAUUUAAAAUCCCCUCAAGGUAGACAAAGAAAGGAUUCCAGCCUUUCAAAUGAUAGUGUGAAAAGUCCUCAGAUGCAAAUAGUUCUCGGCUCAGGACAAGCUUUACCCGUCUCUGAGGGAGAGGAAGUUAUAAAAAUUGUAAAGAAGGAUACAGAGUGUGAAAGUGACAUAGAAGUGGACAUUGAUAGUGACAAAGAGAGUUCACCAGUUAAAUUAGAAGUGAAGAAACAAGAGAAAGAGCUUGAUGGUCCAAUAGCAGUUCCAUUGAGGAAAUUUGAACCAAUGCCCAAAAGGAACCGAAAGAUUAAUUUGGACGGAGGCGGUGGAUAUACAAUCAUGCACACGGACUCCGGCGAUCUUUACGAAAUAGGCCAGGAGCCGCGCAAGGAACGACAACAAAAGAAGCCCGUUAUAAAUCUUAUUCCAUGCCGAUUUUACAAUGCAGAGAAACCGGCGCCGUGCGAGGUGGCGCUGCACGUGUCGGCGCUGCUGCACAUGGACGCGCACGCGCACUCGUCGCGCGCCGAGGUGAUGGGGCUGCUGGGCGGGCGCUGGGCGGCGCCGCGCCUGCGCCUGCGCCUGUACCGCCGCGUGCGCGCCGUGGCCGCGCCCACGCACUGCGACAUGGAGCCCGUGUCGCAGGCGCGCGCGGCGGACUGGCUGCGCGCGCGCGGCGCCGCCGUGUGCGCGUGGCACCACUCGCACCCGCGCUUCCCCGCCGCGCCGUCCGCGCAGGACCUGCGCUCGCAGCACGCGCUGCAGGCCGCGCUGCGCUGGCCGCUGCCCUUCCUGGCGCUCGUCACGUCGCAGCACUGGCCGCCCGGCCGCCGCGCCUCCACGCUCCGAUGUUUUCGGGUCGAGGAGUACGACGAGGCGACGGACUUGCCGGUCGGCUACCAGCUGAGCGUGAAGAUCGUGCCCGACCUGACGGCGGCCUCGCUGCCGGAGUUCCUUCGGGAGUUGCGUGACCUGUUGUGCAACUUUAGUGAUCGCAACCACCUCAGUGUCGAUAUGGUGAAGGAUAUCUGUCCGCAAGCCGGUCUGACAUACUUGGAGAAGUGUAUAUCCAGUGUUCGUCAUCACAUGCACUCGGCUGGAUAUGAAGAUGACGACCCGCUAAUAGAACAAUUGAUACAAGGAAUACGAGACAUAUUUAGAUAGAUCACUAUUUAAAGAAGUAGAUAGAGAAAUUACGCGAAAUAAAGAGUUUACGCUGUAACCCGGAAGUGCUAUGAGUGGUGCGAGAAAUCAGCUGAGAUACAGUGUUAUACGAGUAAGUUAUGAAAGGACAUAAACUCUGUAUAAAUUAAAAUUAACCACUCUAUGUAUAAUUUUAAUAUAGUUUUGCCUAUUGUUUAUGUUAAGAAAAUAAUAUGUCGCUGAUAAAACUAAUAUUGUAUAUUUCUAGUGCUCAUAAUAAGUACCUGUUUAAGUUAUUAAGUAAAACGUUGAAAUAUUUUUCUGUCCUGUAAUCCUGCAGAGAAAACAGUAUCACGUAAAAUUACAAAAAAUAAUGGUAUACGAAUACCAUAGAAGUUUUAAAUCGAAGCAAUUUGCUUUUACAAUUAUAAAUAAUCUGGUAUUGGUAUUUUAAAUGAAUAAAAACUCUUUCAAGCGAUCGUGAAUUGCUCACUGCGAUGCUCAUUGUCCUCAUCAGUGAACGUUUGUUUUGCGUUCAACGUUGCGAAGUGCGAACCCAACUAAUCAAUAAGAGAAAUGGAUUGAUACUUUAUAAAAUUUUCAAUGUAGACCGAUGGUAUUCAAGUUAAUUGCUUUAAAAUAUAAUUUAAGUUAUAAGUAAAUAGUAUAUUUUAUUUAAAUCAUUUAUUAUUUAUUUUCCGUAAAAUAACUGUUCAAUUAAAGAUUUUUCAAAAUG